AUGCUGGGAACUCUCCCUGCUGUUGCCCAUCAAGGUGCCUCAAGUCAGCUCCCUGCACUGGCUGGCAGGACAAGCAGCCACUAUGCUACCUCAGGUCAGGCCAAAGACCCAGAUCCCAGACAGCCUCCCCCACAGUCCGUGUCAGCAGCCGCAGCCCCUCGGCCUGCCGAGGGCCACGGCCGUGGUCAGUCUGAGGAGCCAGGGCCCCACGUUGCCCACCGCCAACAGCACCUUCAGCCCCAGCGCCAGAGCGACGCCUCGCCGCCCCCCGCCCCGCCACGCGCCCCGACGGCGGGCCCCGGCUCGGGCAGCCCGGUCCAGCACGCCUCCGCGGGGCCCGGGUGGCGUACGCCAUCAUCGCCACCUCCCCCGCCCCCGGUGAUAAUAAUCCAGCCCCAGGCCCCCAGCAGCACUGAGGGGUCCCCGGGGGCCCAGGCGGACCUCCCGUCACAGGAGGUCCCACCCGCCCCAAAAUCCCCGAAAUCCCCGAAAUCCCUGAAAUCCCCCACCCAGAAGAAAGACGAAGACCCAGAGCUUCAGGAGCAGGAGUCCCAAAACACUUUUACUCUCAGACGCUGA